AUGGCGGCUAGCAAGAAAGUUAUCGCGUUUGACUUAUACGGGACGCUACUGUCCACCAGGUCGAUAAAUCGCACGCUAGCUAAGAUCUACAAUGAGAGGAAUGCUAAACAAUUAGCUGCAUCGUGGCGGCGGUACCAGCUGGAAUAUACAUGGAGGAUUAAUAGCAUGGGUCAAUAUAAGUCAUUCAGCCAGAUAACGCGCAAUGCGUUAAGUCACGCAGUGGCAGAGUAUAGGUUAACACUCUCGGAGAACGACGCGGACACCCUUAUGAAGUCGUAUGACGCAUUACCUGUCUUCCUCGAUAUUCCCGCUGCGCUGAGGCUUUUGGAAAAUAAUAAAGAUUCGGUGGAAGCCUACGUCUUUUCUAAUGGCACUGAUGAGAUGGUUGGAAAUUCGAUCAAGACCUCGCCAGACCUAGGACCGCACGCAGAGAGGUUUAAAUCGAUAAUUACGGCUGACAGCUUAAAGUGCUUCAAACCGGAUAGGAGGACGUAUGAGCAUCUAGUCGAACAAGCUGGAAAACAGGGGAAAGAAAGUGAUGUUUGGGUUGUAAGCGCCAACCCGUUCGAUAUCGUCGGUUCAAGGGCGGCUGGGCUAAAAGCAGCAUAUAUCGACCGAUCUGGCAAAGGUUGGAUAGACCGCCUGGAUGAAGAGCGCGCACCGGAAGUGAUAGCAUUGAGUGUUGAUAAAGCAAUCAACUCAAUCCUAGAGGAUUAG